AUGCAAGCCAUAGUUAGCAAUCCGAGUCUGGGGAUCGACGUGAAGUGUCUGGAAUCUGCGCAUACAACAUGCACAGACAUCUAUCUGUACUGGCUUGCCAUUGUCACACAAAUGGAACAACUCCUUCGAGGCAAUACAAUUCGACUGUGGGAAGAGACCAAAUUGGCCAUUCGCACAAUUACAAAUGCGCAGUUCAAUCAGAUGAUCAACAAUGCACCAAAUGAUCCAUAUAUCACAGCAUUUUUCUUGCACCCAGAACACCGAACUGCACAGAUCUACAGGAAUAUCAAUCCUCUUGACCUGCCUCCCAUCCAUAUGACGAAAGGAAAUGGGACAUAUAGUAUUGUAUCCCCCGAAGAUUCAAUCAUGAAGAGAGUUGGCACGAGCCUUCAGCUUAUGCUCAAGCACGAGUAUGAUGAUGUUUAUGAUGGGGUGAGGUCAGACCAAGCCACCACAAAACUUAUGAAAGAGAGAAAUCCCCACUUCACUGGAUUGACUCCACAAGAGGCUCUGCAGGCAUUGAAGGUCAAGCUCAAGGAGUAUCAUAAAGGAGCAGAUCCUUUCAACCGUAAGAUUUGCAAGCACGAGAAUGUUCGAGACUGGUGGUUAGCUGUUCAAAAGGAUGAAAAUGCACGAGUUCUUGGGGCCCUUGCAAUCAAGUUAUACUCCGUUGUCCCAGUGUUGAUGGCCGACAAGAGGACAGUUUCAACAAUCACGUGGCUUAAAAGCCCCACUCGAAGCAGACAAGACAUCUCGACAUUAAAAGAACAUAUACAGAUUCAUCAGUGGCACCGCUGGCAAGCUGACAUGAGCAAAGAACCGACAGUCGCUCCUUCCGUCAAAUGGCGAGAUAUGUAUGCAACCAUCCAUGGUAAACAUGAGACACCACCUGUUGUCCCGCCACCUACUCGACCACCUAUUGUGACCGUGGACAUCAUUUCGAGCUUGACCAACGAACAUCAAGGUAGAUGUUCAGACUUGGAUGAUGAAGACGGGGAUUGGCGUGAUAGCAUGGACUAUGUGUGUUUAGCUGGCAUGAAAAGCACGGAGUUCAAUGUGGGUAAAGACAUUGACAUAUCAUCCACAUACCUCCUCAAUAUUCUGUCAGACCACCCUGUACAGCCAACAGCUGCUUGUGGAGGUCCAUCGACGCCAAAGGUGAUGGCCACGACUUCGUCCUUGACACCGAUGGAUGAUGAGUGGGCGGAAUGGAGAUAAGCAGCUUCGUUGUAUAUUACGGUCAAUUAGACCAAAUUUAC